AUGGUUCCCGCCGACGAUGCCUUUGGUCGGCUGAUACUCGCUCUCCUCUGCUGCAGCGACGCGCACCCGCACGCAGAGUAUUACCGUCAGCUCUUCAGCCUCGACGAGGCAACCUCUUCCCUGAUGGCGCUGUGGGAGGACGGCAGCGAGGAGGCGAAGCGCGCGGCGGGCAGCCUCUCCUUCGAGCGGAGCCGCCGCAGUCGCCGCGAGAUGCUGCGCGAGUAUGCGGCGCUCGCAGACACGGGCGAGUUGCCGUCGCUGUCGCUGCGCCAAUACUUGCACGGCAAGCUCGCGCUGCAGACGCGCGCGUUCGCCGUCGAGGAUGGCCGCGCGCUGAUCCCGGUCCUCGACCUGGCCAACCACGCGUCUGUCGGCGCGACGGCGCGGCUGCAGCAGGAGGGGGGGGCGGUGCGGCUGGUGGCCAACUACGCGCUCGAGCGCGGAGACGAGGUCUCCCUCUGCUACGACGCGGACGCGGACCACCUCGACCUCUUCGAGCGGUACGGCUUCUUCGACGCGACGAGCGUCGUCCACACCGCCGAGGCUGCACGCGGAUACGACGACGAGCUCGAGGCGUGGUGGGUGCCGGACGUGGGCCUCGAGAGCAGCCCGCUCUACCUCGCCCUGCGCGCGACACUCGCGGAGCUCGAAGGACAUUUGGCGGCCGACGCCGCCGACCCCGCCGAUGCGCUGCGGCAGCCCAUCGCGCGCGAGGCGGCGGUUCGCGAGCGGCUCGCUUCCCUCUUCGAGCGCCACCUCCGGGGCUACGCCUGCAGCGCGGAGCAGGCGGCGCGGGGCUUGCAGGGCGGUUUGCUCUCGGCGGCCGAGGAGGCGGCGACUCGCCUGGUGCACUUCGAGCAGCACCUGCUCCUCGCCCACCUGAGGAGCUUGCCGCGUAGUUGA